UCAUGCAGAUCAAGUCCUUGUUCGUCCUUAUCGUCGUCCUGAUGCUGGUCGUCCUGGGAGCCAACGAGGCGGAGGCCGAUUGUCUCUCUGGAAGAUAUCGUGGUCCUUGUGCCGUCUGGGAUAAUGAGACCUGCCGCCGCGUUUGCCGGGAGGAAGGAGGAGGACGGGUCAGUGGACACUGCAGCGCACGCCUCCAGUGCUGGUGCGAAGGAUGCUAG